AUUCUUCGGGAUCUGCAAGGAAAUUCUCUCAUUGUAUACAAUUAAAGAAAGAAUGCAACAUCCCGCACUCCCCAUCCAGUGCAAGCUUGAUCCCCGCAGACCGAUCACAGCAGAUAAGCACGGAUCCGCUGGCAGCCUGAUACCCUGUUGCACCUGGGCACGGCGUGGCGUGGGGAGAAGGAUCCUUUUUGGAAAGAGCCUUUAUCCAGCCUGAGAAGCAUCCCCACUAGGAAGCAUGGCUGCUCUCGCCACGGGUUUCUGUCUCUCUUCGGUCCUGUUGGUUAUAUGGGUUGGCGUCUGUUCUCCAGUCUGUGUGGAAGUCCCAUCAGAGACGGAGGCUGUCCAAGGAAGUCACAUGAAGCUGCUCUGUAUCUCCUGCAUGAAGAGAGAAGAGGUUUCUGCAAGCACCGUGGUGGAAUGGUUCUACAAGACUGAAGCGGGGAAAGAUGAGCUGAUCUGUGAAUACAGAAAAGUAUACCAUGAAUUUCCAAGCCGCUUCAGUGGCCGGCUACAGUGGAACGGGAGCAAAGACAUGCAGGACGUGUCCAUCACUGUAUUAAAUGUGACCUUGAAUGAUUCGGGGAUCUACACCUGUAACGUCACCCGGGAGUUUGACUUUGAGAUUCAUCGCCCACUCUUCACAAGCUCCAGAUUGAUCCAUCUCACUGUGGUAGAGGAGGCUGGAGAAGAUUUCACAUCUGUCAUCUCUGAAAUUAUGAUGUAUAUUCUCCUGGUUUUCCUCACCUUGUGGCUGCUGAUAGAAAUGGUCUAUUGCUACAGGAAGGUCUCCAAAGCAGAGGAGACUGUACAGGAAAAUGCGACUGACUACCUUGCCAUUCCGUCGGAAAACAAGGAAAACUGUGCUGUGCCCGUGGAGGAGUAGCCAAGAGUAGAUGGGCCAUGACCUGCAAUAAGGAACUCUGAAGUUGGAAGGACCAAGUCACUCCAGCCAGGUUUGGGAAAACUCUACAGCACCAGGAGGAAAUAAGGGAAAGUGUAAAUUCUCUUCCACUUGCCUUGGACAUUGCACAGCCUUGACUUCAGCGUCAUGACUCCAUUUGCUAAAGGAUUCUGCUUUGAAGCAUGCUGAGGAAAAGGGGUUAGGGUGCGGGUGGCACUGCUCCUUCCUAAGUUUUGCCCCCCCUCUCAUCCAGUGGCCUUGUAAAUACUAGUAUCAUUUAUUACCCUCACCAUAUUCCUUUGCAAAAUAUGCUAAUUCGACACUGCAGCAUUGAGGGGUAUGUCACAUUACCCUGACACACAUGGCCAUCAGCAAGGUCAUUUUAGCAUUGUGCUCACCCUUUUGAUAAAGCCUGGACAGUCGCUUUAAUUAUUAAAAAUAUCAUCCUGCUCCACCCCAAUGCUUGCUAUUUACCAUUCAAAUGCUUGCUCUCCAUGCUGCCCUGGACUGUAGGCUGCUGUUGCAAACAUAGGACAAGGAUAUGGAGAAGUAGAAGGUUCAUAGCAGCUUAGAGCUGCAAAAAAAUGUACAUCAGCACUCAGCAUGCAGAAAAUUAGUGGGCAGCAAAUCUACAUGCACUAGCUUGCCAUGCACACCCUGCUGCAUACAAGUUCCAUAGUGUGCUUUGACCUGCUGCAGAACAUUUAGCACAUAGUAGCAGGUUUCACACAGCCAGUUAGCCAGCGGCAAGCUAAUGGGAUGUAGAUUUACGGCCCAGCUUGCCGCACACUGAUCCUGAAUAGCCAUGCCCUCAGGCUGUACCACUGCUACCUUGGGAUUCCCUGCUAUAAACUGCAACGAUUCCAAGAAGUGAUGUUUGUUUCAUUUGGCAACUAUUUGUCAGAGUUCUAGCUGUCUCUAUUAGCCUUGCUCUGUUAACUUACACAGUAGAUAGUGUUUGCUUAUCAUGGAAAUAACCUCUAUCAACUAGUGUCUUGCAACAACCACAGGAGAGCAUCCCUCGGAGACGGAUACUCCCUGAAAUUAGCGAAGUGUCCUCAAACAGAAGAGAGUUAAAGGUCGGAGCUCCUGAAGGGAGAGAGGAGAGAGAGAGAGUCUGGUUUAGGUAAGCAAGCGAAUGAAAUGGACUGCUUAUUCCCAAAUGGGAAAAUGAUGAGGCAGCUUUGGAAUUUGUGAAGCUUUUUAUAACUCAUUGAAAGUCAUAGUGGGACAGUUGCACCACCUAGAGUCAAACAGUGGUUAUUUUCUCCCAUAGCCCUUAAUGUAUUAUUUCUUGUGAUAAUUAUUCUCCAUGCUGAAUACUCAGUGUUAGUCUGAUGUGACCUAUUAUUGCAGAGCAGUUCUCCUGUAAAUUAAGUUUCACUUAUAAACACAGUAUAUACAUAGCUGCAGAUACAGUAGCAAGGUGGGGGGGGGGGUUGGCUUUGUUAUAUGUAAAACAUUUAAGCAUAGUGAUGGCGGCUUCUCAUUCAGAGAAGCAUUAGUCUUAGAAUCUGAGAUUAUUGGGGAAAGCAUUUGUCUAUAUGUAGAAGUGGCACAUGAGGGUGAGAUGCUGCUGAAUGCCAUUUGUCAGGAAAGGGGAGUUUUUGCUCCUAGUAGAUAAUGUGAUAUCCCCUGCUGCAAUGACUGCUUUACAGCUUGGAAGAGUUAAGAUGAAUCUGCCCCACUGUUUGCUCCUAAAUAAAUAGAUAACGCACUCACUGAAUCAGGCAUGCUUUCUGCAUAGGGACUUCCUCUGCUUUGUUAUGCAUAAAUUGCAGAGUACACAUAAAUCGCUCUGAUGUGAUUUAAAGUUAGACAGGCCCAAACCAGAAUUCUAGGUGAUGGUUAUUCAGAGACCCAACUAGGAUCAGGAGCUGCAGAAUGCCCUGACUUUUGUAAAUCUAAAACCCAGUUCCAAACGGACCUGACACACGGUGUCUGAAACCAGAUCCCAGGUUUACAGCUUGAGCCCAUCUGUAGAUUAAGCAUGCUCCAUCGGCAAUGCCUUAGACUGGGCACUGGUUUCUUAGAAUCCAGUGUUUAAAAUGGAGGAAGAACCCUCCCUUACUUAGGUUAUGGUGGAAGUCUUCAUUUUUCCUAGGCCAGCGUAUUCAGCCUAAAAUGCUAUGGGAGGAAUAUUAACCCUCAAUCCAUAACAUCCCCACCCCUUUCUGAUUUUCUAAACUAACCAGAUGCUUUUGUGUCUUUCAUCUUCCACUAACCCUGUAAUUUAUGAAGUGCUCCUAUAGAUAGACACUACUACCCUCUCAAAUAUUUUUAGGUAGGGGGAACCCAUUUGUUGGGAAAGCUGUCUUAGGACUCCCUAUCUUUUGAUUGAAAAAGGGGGAGUGAGAUGGCAUUGCCCCAAGGCACUGUUAAAGAGAAUGUGUCUUCUGGGAAGAUCAUCCCCCACUGGCAUCAGGAAAGACCCCUCUCUGUGUAUAUGGAAAUAACAAGUAAGACUUAGAAUUCGGUAGGACAAUAAAAAUAAAAAUGAAGCACUCAACUGUCACUCUUUCAUUUGUUCAAUACUUUAAUUCAUAAUGUAUUUUCCAUUGUUCUAGCUACUUUACAUUGAGAUUUGGCUGUGUAGCCUUUAUAAUUCCUAGUUUCCUAGCACGUAAGUAUCUUUAUCACACCUUGCGCACAGCGCAAAGUUUAUUACAGUUAGAGCCAAACACAGUUAGCCAGACACCGCCUCAAAACACAACUGCUGUUCCUUCUGCAUGUGGCCCAGCCCCAGAGUUUGUGUUGCCACCACAGACUAUUCAACAAGACAGAGGUGAGCCUUGGCCUAUAGCUCUCCCUCCCCGUUUAGAGUGUUACUACUCAAGAGGGGAAAUGCCCACCGUGGGGAUGAUCAUACAACCCACUCUUGCUGAUGUGAGUAAAUCCUUACUCAAAUGGAAUUAUUUGCAAGAGUAAGGAUUACUCACCUGAAUUAGGGUUGCAAGCUCCAGGCCCUUGUGUGGGGAAAGGUAGUCCAGGAAUGUAGCAGCACUACUUGGCCAUGGAGCAUUUGAUGAGGUGUGAGCUGUGGAAAAAAUAAUGCAUUGCAACCCGCUGGUAACAUGGCAAAAGUGCUGUUAAUGUACAGUACCAAGAGUGCAGGUUGGUGCUAACAUGUUUGUUCUGUUUAAGUGUUAUUUAAUGGGGGAGGGAGACAUGUAGGUUCCCAAGCCAUCUCCAAGGAAUGAUACUGAUGUGGCACAAGCUCCAGCCUUGUGUUGGAGAAAGUUGCUGUUUCUUAGUAGCAGCAGCAGCUGCCAGUCUCCCCCAUUGGAGGGCUGCUGGGGCAGUUUAGAUUGAGCUUGGAAACUGAACAUGCCCGAGCAGCUCUGGCUGCUGCAUUCUUCUAACUCAAAGAUCAGAUUCAGGAAGCUGGCCCUUUAAUGUUAGCAAUGAAACUGACCAACAGGAGUGAGGUAACAAAAAUUGUCAGAGGAGGAGGAGCCUCCUGAGUCAUGUGCAAAUAUAAUUCCUUCCCCAGAAGGAAAGUCCUUUCUCCACCAAAAUAAAACACAUUCAUUUCCUAGCAUAACACAAACUGCUGCAAGGAACGACAAGCAGGGACAGCAUCAGGUCAGUCCAUCCUGGAUAGAGGGAGAUUGGGAUAGAAAAGAGCUGAUUGUCCUGCAGCAGUGAGGUGAGGGAGGGGAGAAAAUGGAGCCAUGCAAGCACUGUAGCUGCAGAAUGUGUUUUGGGGGCUAGCUCUCCCUGUGUAGCUAAGGGAAUGUUCAGCUAUGGCUGAGCAAGUGGAGGGGGAGAGUAACGUACUAUUUUGGCUGGUUUGCACAUCUAGAAAAAAGCAUGUUAUGGCACAAAAGAGAUUCACCUGCAUGCACAGAGAGAGCACAGACUGAUCAGAUGGGGAGUGAACAUUCAGUACAGUUCUCUCCUGCAAACAGUACAGCACAGUAGUCAUUUCUCAGACUGGUUAUUCCAGACACUUUGGGCUCGUGGUGUCCACCCACAGUCUUGGUUAAACAAGAACAGAGGUAAUUUCACAACCAGUGCCCUCCCACAUCUCAAAACCUCAAGCCAGGUUCCAUUCUACCACACCAAGAAGCCAUCAGUGGUAGCAAAUCAGAGCCUAACAGCUUGCAAACUGCCAGGUGCAGCUGUGCUGAAAUACGUGAAACCCGCAGAGGGUGCAUGCAGGGUUUGAGGGGGAAAGGAAGAGCAGCUUCGCUGACAAAAAUUCUACAGUAACAAGCCCAGAACGUUACCUUGUAGAAUAGUCACUGCAAGGAGCAAGGCCCUUCCUCUAGGGUACUGAAGUAUUCUUUGGAGAAGGUUGGUUCUGGAUGCCUGUGGAAGGGACCUGCGCUAUAGAGCAUGCAGAAGCCUGCACUGUUGGCUAUGCUCUUCUCCUGUCAAACAUCAGCUAAUUGUAGUAAGUAACCCAAAAGAUCUUGCCCUCAAACCUGGUACAAAUUAUCAUGGGAUGUUCAUACCCUGCCUACAAUUCAACUGAAAAGACACUAGUCAUCUUGACUGUGCAUCUCAUAGGUGGACUACCUGCCCUCAGCCUGUGUAGAGGGGGAAAAGCUCAUCUGUUUUGGAUGGUCCCCAAAAAGGCAAAGAGGACAGAGCUGAUCUCCCCUGAGGUGCCCCUACUCUUUCCAGCAGCACUCUGAGACCCCUUAUCCAGCAAGGUCCUGGGGGGAAGAUGAAAGAUACUGACCCUCAGAAGUGCUUGACACUAAGCUCUAUUUAGCAGCUUGUUUGGUGAGAGAAGCACUGGCCAUUUUAGCUUUGGGCUGGAUUUGGAGAGAAGAGAUUUCUUCCAAUUCCACAUUCCAGUGCUGAAUGAUGGAAAAGCCACCGUCUACCCUGCUCCAACUCCUCUCCAUUCUGAUACGGCUAGCUGCAUGGCAGGUGAUGUGUCCAAGCCCUGGAACGCAAAACUACCAUGAAGAGGAACGGACUCCGAGGCCAUAGGAGAGGGGAGAGUGCCCCUGUUCCUAGGUACUGGUAGGAAAGGAAUCCUCUCUUGUGUACUUAGCAUUCUAAUGCACAGAAAUUUAGACUGAGGGUUGCCAUUGUAUCCGGUGUUCAACCUCACUCUGCCUCGGCAUUGCAGCACACAUCUGUUCUGAGGAGCUAGAGGGGGAGUGAGUUGAAGGCAAUGUUGUAACAGGGUUAAUGGUGUUAUGCUAAGUUUCUAGCCACCACUGGGAGCAAAGGAGCCACAGAACCCUGAGAGGGGCUGUUCGUGAGAGUUCGUGCCCAACUCAACACACUCCAUUCAGCAGUUUGGAGAGCUGCCAAGGUAGGCAGUCAAUCUCUUAGAUGCUUACCUGACCCACAUCCAGCUCUAUCACUGCUUUCAUUCCAAUGAGGAGCUGGACCUUCCUCUUUACUUGCGUGGGAAUCACUGCAGAUCCCUCACAAAAUGUCUUGCAGUGCACAUCAGCCAACUGGGGUUAUGGUCUCGACUGCAGCUGUCCAUUUGUAACAAACAAUCCCCUCUUCCCCCCAGCCCUAAAAAUGUAGGUUAGGAAAAUUAGCUGUUGAUAACUAAGCAUAUACAUGAAGAGGAAAUAUUGGGUUGAACUGUCCCCUUUAUACCCGAGUAAAUCUUUGAAUCCAUGGACUUGUCUGGCUCUAAAUGCGAGAAGAAUUUGGCUUACUGUACCUGACUGAUCAUUAUCUGUUUAUAUUUGGGAUAGGAAAAUGGGUCCAUUUAAGGGCUGCUGCUGGUGACACAAGCAUUAUUUCCACAGAGCAGCUUUCGGGUCAGGGCUCAGUAAAGCCAACACAUUAUGCCUGCCGCAAAAACCAUCUCUUCCUUUUAAACUGUGCAUUAAAAAAUAAAUUUGGGUACAAGGUUACACUUUACUAGAGAUGCACCCUUUCUGUCCAUAGAUUUUUAUUUGUUUUUGUCUGAAGUGGUGUAAUUUCCAGUUCGGGUAGACAUACCCGCUACCUCUGAUCAAGAUAACAUGGGCAUAUCUACUUGAGCUAGAAAUUACAGCUCUGUUGUAGACCUACUGAGUGAAAGAGAUCUUAGAUAGGAAACUGAUUCCAAAUUGGCAUGUGCAAUUUAACCAUGCAAUCAGCUUUACCAGAGAGCAAAGUAGUCAAAGCUGGAGCGUUCAUGUCAGGGUUAGAGCUUGAUAUUCACAACUACCACCCAAGAUUAAAAUAUUUACAUACUGUGUACGCUGAUUUUGAAAUUGUGGUUCAGGCUUUAGCUGCAUAGGGAGUUCAGAGUUUUGUGACCUUGAUUCUUUUUAUUUUUGCUUGUCUGUAUUUUAAACCCAUUUUUUAAUCAUGAUUCUUCCUAGCGAAAGCGUGGCUUGUACUAUACAUUAAGGAUAGAACCCUUCCAGAAGCAUGGUUGCUUUAUAGUCAAGUACACAGGCUGAAACUGUUUCCAUUCUUUCUCCACCCCACUCUACCAGGAACACAGCAUUCCCACUAAUGCAAAGUUUUGAAAUGAGUCUAAGAGUGUUUGCCUACCCGUCUUCCUCCCCUGCUCCCAGAUCUCCCACAUCUGAACUACACACUUACCCGAGGAUGGUGUCUUUCACAAAUAAGUAAGUCUUGAGUUUAUGUAACUAGGCCCCCGUUUUCAAACACAGGCACUACAUGGACCCUACAGCCCAAAAUACCUGUUUUCAGGUAAGCACCAAUGGGCAGAAUAUAGGUACCUAAUUUAGGCAGCCAAGUUUGAAAACUGGGCUUAGCAAGGAAACUCCUUUUUUCUCUACAUCCGGAAAGAUUAGAGCUGAGAAGGUGUGUUCCCGAUGAGCUGUCUUUCUAUCCCUCCCUCCAGUGCUGCAGCAUCUCACGCACCACUAUUUAGACCAUUCGCUGUUUAUGUUACUUUGUGUAUAUUAUAUCUGGCUGGGGCUUUAGCUGCAGCAGGAAGGGGAGUGGAGUGGAAGGAUAAACCCUUUAAAAAAUCUAUUUCACAAUUGGUCAGACACUGAAAAUCAAACCAAACUGUUCUGCCUGUGAACCUGAUUGGUUAUGCACAGUGGAAGGACGAGGGCCUGUCGGGGCAGAGUGCCAAACAAAGGCUACGAUCCUCCCCCACACAGGUCAGCAGGGCAAUAAAUGUAUCUGCCCAUGUGUUCAGGCUAGGUCAAAACGGGCGAGCCUCACAGAGAAGAGACCAGGGUGAAAACUAACUUUCAGCUGUACUUACAGUAUCCUCCCUUCCAUCUAUCUCUGUCUCUGUUUUACCACUAGAAAUCUCUGCUAGAUUAUCAACAAACUUUUAACCAUAAGCACACCUCAGGCUGGGAUUUUCAAAGGACCCUAAAGAAGUUAGGCACCCAACUCCCAUUGAAAUGCAAUAGGAUUUGGGUACCUAAUGCUCUUAGUCUCCUUUAAUCCCAGACUAUGUGUGUGUCUUAAUUCUGGCUCCCUAUUGACAUUAAAUAAUCUACUUCAACCCCUAAUGUGGGAGGCAAAGAAAUGGGUGUGUUUCUUCUCUGCAAGUGGGGCAGAGAAGCAAAGGGUGAGGGUCUGAGUUAAAAAAAGGCUAGAUAAGCAGAGCGAUGAGACAACGAAGGAUACACUAGCUGAAAGCCAGAGAGGAAUUAUUGCCAGGGGGCCAGGAAAAGCUUCCUGACACUAAGAGCUUGUCUAUAUGUACAGUUGCACUGACUUCACUAACAAUAUGAUGUUAAACUGGUGUCAUUGCAUGUGUAGACACACUUAACGGUUUAGCUUGUAAAUUUACAGGCUUGGGAUUCAGGUACAGGUUUUGUACCAGUUUGAAACUGGUUAUGAAUGGAUACACCGUAAUCUGCAGCAGUUUAACUAAAGCAGCACAAGUUUGUGUAGGCCUGUGAUCUGCUGGAUGGAACAGACUCUUCCAGGGAAGCUGUGGCUCUUGGACAAAACACUAGAAAAUGGACUGCUGGGGUAAGGGGUAGACUAGAUGGACAGAUUUUUAAGUGGCUGUAGGAGACACUGAAAGGCCUGUGACUGAGAAACAAACCUCGACUGCUACCAUCCAUCUUUGGCCUUCACAGCUGGGGCAGGUUCCUGUCCUCCAUAGCAGGAUAAAUAUAUCUGUACAUGCAACCCAUGAGCUAGAUUACAGACUGCAGCUUCACCUCCAGGAUCUAGAGUAACUUGCAAAUACAUUAUGAGCUUCCCAAUGGCAUAUUUAGGACAGAAACCACUAGGAUCCCCACUCUCCUUUGGAUUAAAACCUUGGAAAGGGGGAGGUUAAGCUAGACCCACAGUAACAGAGACAUGAAAACCUUCCUUAGUCAGGGUCCUGGAUCCCACCAGUGCGUUUGGGCUCUUGUGUCCUUAGAACAGCAGCAGGACACAAACCCAUCCUCAUCACAGCAGGGGGCACUGACCUGCCUCAACUUCCAGCCUUGGUCUCUUCUUUCCUCAGUGCUAGGGGCUCAGGCUGACCCUAUGUUGCCCAUUUCAACAGGAAAUGCCAGGGAGACGUACAGUUUUAAGCAGCAUUAAGUUAAAUAAAUAAGCAUAAAUACAAUAAAUUUUAUAAAGCAGUACAUUCCCUAGGUUCCUGGGCAUGUUUUUGUCUAUAGUCCUUUGCCUUGUCUUUCUCCCCCUUCCCCGGUAGUCUGCUAAAAUAGUCACGGUUUGAAUUUAAGAGUCCCAGUCACACAAGACGCCAACAAGCCCCCCCAGAGAGCUUCAGUACCUCCCCAGCCAAACUAGGCAGCUAGCGCAUUUUUAGGAGGAGUGUGUGAUAAAUGGCUUAGUCAAACUCCUUCUAGAGCCAUGUAGGCCAGUGCGAUAUGAUGCAGGAAGGGCCAGUUGCUCACCGUGCUCUUUCAGCGCAGGCAGAAGCUAGAGAUGAAACAGACCUGCUCGAUCAUCCAGUACUCAAUACUACCCUAAACGGGGCUGUGUCAGGUGAUCUCACCUGCUUGAGAAAAUCCUUCCAGAGUCAGAGAUGGUGGAGAUAGAGGGUCCAUAGACCAACUAAUCCACCUGGUAAGGCAAGAUGGGGAAGCAUGAUAGUCACCACCGCAAAUCCCCUCUAUCCUUUCACCACGCAAAGGGAUGUGCCACUGUUAGAGCUUGAUCCUGAGAGCUGCUGAUCACCUGCAGUGCGGGUUAGUGGUUAGUGCACAAGACUGAUGAUGUGAGGUUGUAUUCCUGGCUCUACCACCGAAACAUCUCAUGUGACCACUCUGUGACUCAGUUUCCCCAUCUGUAAAUAAGGACAAUGAUACUCAUCCAGUUUUGCAAAGCACAACAUAAAGGUAUGGUGUCAUUCUGAUGUCAGUGUGUCCUGUGUGUGCUCAGUACCUCAGGAUCAGGCUCUAACCGUGUUGGGUUCCCAUUUGUUUGGUGUGUCCAAUAAUAACUCCUACAUCGUUGCCCUUGCUUCUAGUCUCCUCCAGUCACCGAAGCUCGCUCAAAGGCCAUGGGCUCACGUAUGGCAUUUUCAAGUCCCCAGCGACUGCACCGUGUCCCUCUCCUGCUCCUCCAAGACAAAAGAAAACAUGCCCACCUGCUGUGGGAUUCACACCCAGACAGACAUCUCACCAGCUGCCCAGCGAACAUGGCGAGCCCAGUACGUUCCAUACCACAGCCCUCAGGCUUCCUCUCUUGACCUCUGCUGGGUUAAAAUGCCCGAUCAUUAAAAAUUAAUAUUUUUAAAUGGCCUUUCAAAAUAAAUACAAAUGCAACAGCC